AUGAGGAUUAUGAUAAAGGGCGGUGUUUGGAAAAACACCGAGGAUGAGAUCCUCAAGGCGGCGGUUAUGAAGUAUGGGAAGAAUCAGUGGGCUCGUAUCUCUUCGCUUCUCGUUCGGAAAUCUGCCAAGGAGUGUAAGGCUCGCUGGUAUGAGUGGCUGGACCCGUCGAUUAAAAAGGUACACGCGACCAGACAGUACACGCGACCUCAGGGAAAGCGGCGGCGUCGCCAAAGAUGCCCUCCGGUAUGGGGAAAACGUGCGCCGCCGGAAGCGCCACUUUCUCCGCGUAGCCUCCGCCGCUGA